AUGAAUCCACUCAUGAACCCCUACAUGAACCCCUACAGCAUUCCAUACUCGAAUCCGUACAUGAAUCCCUACAUGGAUCCCAUCAGCAUGGGUCCGAUCAAAGGUGUUCCCUGCGAAGUGUGCGACAGGAUGUUUGUGACCCAGGCCCAUGCCGAUGAGCACAUGGUCGCCGUGAAUCACUACCGCAACCGUUGCGAUCUUUGCCAGCAGCGGUGCCCCUCCAUGAUGGCCCUCCUGAACCACGCGAUGACGCACUUUCACUGCACCUACAACAUCUACUGUCCCUUCUGUGGUUCCCACUUUGACAAAGCGAGUGCCCUGAUGGGACACCUCGAAGAAGGAAAAUGUGAUUGUGCGCCUGGCCUGGAGCAUCACAGCAUCGUCUGGCUGGUUCGCAACUGCGAUCCUGCCGGUGCCAUCGUCAACACCCCAUUUCGAUGGCUCCUUGACAAGUGGAUUCCUACUCCUCCCCUAGGAAUUGUCGAACCUCACAUGUGCUUCACCUGUCACCUCAUCUUUGACACAAAGGAAGCCCUCGAAGUGCACCUCAAAUGCCCCACUCAUGACCCCGGAUCGCAUCGUCCCCGAUUCUACCGAUGCCCCAACCGAACUGGCGGCUGCCACAAGAAAAAGUUCGUUAGCUUGACCGCACUCUUCAAGCACAUGGAGAGUGGAGCAUGCUGCACAACGAACUUUCAUGCCGUCCAGCGCAUGCAGAUCCAGUUGAUGCAAGCAUUCUGGGGCUGGGGAAUGGGGGCACCCAUGUUCCGGGACGCUGCUGGUAUGCCCAUCCCAUACACCCUGCAUCGUUAG